GGGGCUUUCCAGAGCUCUCUAGAGACAGCCAGAAAAGAACACAAACCCUUUUCUUUCUUUCUUCUUCUUCUUCAACCAUUCUUCCAUUCUUCCAUUCUUCUUCCUUCUCUUCUUUAUAAGCAACCUUCCAAUUCCCUAUUUUCACUUCAUCCGAAGAAUCAUUAUUAUUUUUUUAAUUUCUGUAUCAACUAGGGAGAGAAGUUUCUUGUUUUCCGAUGAAGAUGAAGAUGAAAAGAAAAGAUCUCGAUCAAAUCAACGAUGACUUCUCCGAUUUCUCCCUCUCCUCACCUGCCAGGAAGAUUCGCCGUCUGGAUGUUGGUUUACCGCCUAUUAUAGAAGAAGAAGAACCACCGGAAUUUUCUGUUUUAAGUAAACAGCCUUUGAUUCCUGAAGAUUUCACAGUAGGUGGUAAUGGUGUAAGGAUUGAGGAAUUGUCGGAUGCUUCCUCUGUUUCUCCUUCAGUUUAUGCUAUGGAGGAUCGUCCUUUUUGUGACAAUCAAGAGAGGGCUAUUGUUCUGUUUAAGCCUGUUAAUACGUCUUUCUUCCAAUCUUCUCCUCUCUCGGUAUCUGUUGAUUCUGACAUUAUAUCUGGUUUCAAGAGUGAAUUUCUUCGCGAGAAUUGUUAUGAUGGCCGGGUGAAAUGUGGUGAAGAUGAUGAAGAUAUGGUGAUUGAGAACAAGAAUCUGGCUGUUGUUCCUUGGGUUCCUCGUUUACAGGUUCCUACUUCCUCAACCAUGAAUGUUCCCCAAGAGGAAGAAGCUCCACAGUUAAUGGAAGCUGAAGAAGUUGGAGAAGCAACAAUGGAGAUUGAAGAAGACAACAACUUAAACAACAGUCAACAAGGUUAUGGGUAUGGUGGAAUGGAUGGAGCUAAUGGUAUACAUCAAUGGCAUCAUCAACAACAACACUGCAUGAUUCCACAGCUGCCACAGCAAACAUCUUCACCCAUAACUUGGUUUCGUUGAUGGUAUGUAGAAUCUGUACAUAUUGAGAAGAAUAGAAUACCAUAUUUUGAUGCCAUGGGGUUGUUAAGUAAAAGGAUGAAAUUGCAUUUGCAGCAAAUUUGAGUUGAAGAACAUAUGGGCACAUAGAUAUAAUUGCCUCUUUUUGUUCAUCAUUAUGUGGCAGCUUUUUCUUAGGAAUUGGUAUGAGAAUUAUGAGUCCAUGUACCAACCCCUUUUACCCCCACCAAAAAGAAAAGAAAAAAGAGCUUCCUAGCUUGGAUUCUAAUGGAUCAGAAUUUGUCCACAUGCCUUAGGGAGAGAUUUUGGAUUUUGAGAGGGUUAGCAUCACUUUUGUUAUAUUAUUCAAAGUUAAUUUCACCCCAAUUUGAUCAUUUAA